AUGUCUAUUUCACAAUCUGCUCUUCUACUCCAAAAACAACUCAAAGGUUUAAUUCUUAAACUAGAAUUAUCUAAACAUCCGGUAGAAGGUUUUUCGGCUGGUCUUGCUGACGUUGAUAAUAUUUACGAGUGGGAAAUUAUGAUCAUGGGUCCGCCUGACACUUUAUAUGAAGGCGGUUUCUUCAAAGCCAGGAUGACUUUCCCACAGGAAUACCCUUUGAUGCCACCAAGGUUGAAAUUUAUUUCUGAAAUGUGGCAUCCAAAUGUAUAUCCUGAUGGUGAAGUGUGCAUAUCGAUUCUACAUCCACCGGGUGAAGACAAGUACGGUUAUGAAGAUGCAGGUGAAAGAUGGAUGCCU